UUCAGAGAAACGGGGGAAAAAAACACGAAGAAGCCAUCACAUCACAUCAGCGGUCUUAUAAGCCAUACUAAUCAAAACAAAUCAGACGCCAAAUCUAUUGUCUACUUGGGCAAGGAAUUGGGGAAGGAGAAGGCACACAGCUUCCGGUGCUAGGCUACAGUUCCUUGUGUUUAUUUUUUUUGUCAGAGAAAGAGAGUGAAAAGCGCACUUGAAAUCGGUUUCGGUUUCUGUUUGUGUGGCGCGUGUAGCGAACGAAAGAGUACGAAAGACUUGUGCGGGCAGACGGAUAAGCGACGAACCCAGGCGAACGGAUCCAGCAACAAAAUAAAAAGAUGGCAAGCAGCAUGUGGAAGUACACGGUGCUAGUGGUGGCGUUUGGAGUGUUCCUGUACAACAGCCACGAAACGUACGGUCAAAUCUUUGGAUACGAACCGAACGUUGACUAUCCAGCGUACGAUAAGAUCCCGUCCGGCUUGACGUUCCGGUGUGCGGACCGGCAGCCCGGCUACUACGCCGACAUUGAGACGCGGUGCCAGGUGUGGCACUGGUGCCUGCCGACCGGCUACAUGUUCUCCUUCCUCUGCCCCAACGGAACCGUGUUCAAUCAAGCGUACCGUGUUUGCGAUUGGUGGACAAACGUCAACUGCCCCGAGUCGGAAGCGAUGUACAGCAUUAACGACGAUCUGUACCGGGACGUGGAAGGCAAUCUGAUCGUGGGGUAGAUGGUGCACUGUGCGGUGUAGUGUUUCUUACCUGUAAGUACUCAACAGUCUGUGCCGAUCCUACUAGCAGGCACCAUUGCUGUUGAGAUAGAGCCGUCCAAAAACUGGUGCAUCCCGUCCCGUGAUGCAACGUGAGAUUCCUGUUUAAUGUUUCGUUUUUUUAUUAUUUUGUAAAUAUAAUUUAUACACACUGUGAACAGAAUAAAUACAUAAUUCUGAGAAAAAUC